AUGAUGAGCAAGCACAAUUUCUUGAUCAAUAAAGUAGUACAAUCAUGUCUUUUGUUGUGGUGCUGCGGCAGCUUGCGCACACAUGCGGCUGCGGCGGAUGGCCCUAGCAGUCUAAUUCGCGGCUGCCAAGGUACCAAUCUCUCGGACGUCAACCCCUAUCGACAAAACCUCAACCAGUUCCUAGUUUCAGCCGCUGCUGCUUCUCGCACCCAGGACUUCAAUACCUCGGCCACCGGCAGUGACCCAUCUGAUACAGUCUACGGCUUAUUCAUGUGCCGGGGUGAUGUCAGCAGCGAUGUCUGCGCCAACUGUGUCUCGACGGCUUCCACGGAUUUCCUUAAUUAUUGCAGUCAGAUGGUUGGGUAUGGUUGGUACGAUAACUGCCUCUUACGUUACUCGAACCAAUCAUUCUUCUCUGUUUUCUCCCAAGCGGAUGCUGCCGUGGCUUCCUGUGCGUGGAACACGAUGAAUGUUAGUUCUGACGAGGCCGACAAGUUCAACCAGGUUUUGGGAAGUAGCAUAAAUGAGGUUGCGGAUGGAGCUGCCAAUGAUACUCGACCCCUGCAGAAAUUUGCUGUCCGACUCGGGGGAGCCGAGUUUUCGAGCUCCAACAGUGUGUACCCGCUAGCCCAGUGCAUACCUGAACUUUCCGGGACAGACUGCAGGAGAUGCCUGAGUGAUGCUAUUUCGCUGCUGCCCAGAUGCUGCGCCAAUAGCCGAGGAUGUAGAGUUGCCUUUCCUAGCUGCAUGAUUUGGUAUGAGCUCUUCCAGUUUUACAACAUUGCAUCCCCAUCAAGUGGUAAAGGCAAAAAAGGAAUAUCAAAACAAGCAGCUAUUGGAAUUGCUUUUUCAACCAUUUUCUGUGUGUUGCUGUUUGUGGUGCUCGCUGUUUUCCUCCUCAAGAGAAGAUCAAGAAAGCGACGUGAUGCCGAAAUACAAGAGGCAUAUGACGGAGAUGAAAGCUUACAAAUUGAUCCCGAAUCACUGCAGUACAGUUUAAGUGCAAUUCGAAUUGCCACAGACGAUUUUUCAGUUGAUAACAAAAUCGGCCAAGGUGGAUUUGGUCCUGUGUACAAGGGUAAACUACCAGAUGGACAAGACAUAGCUGUGAAGAGACUAUCUAGAAGAUCAGGGCAAGGUGCACAAGAAUUUAAAAACGAAAUUGCAGUAGUUGCCAAGCUUCAGCAUAGAAAUCUGGUUCGACUUCUGGGAUUUUGCUUGGAAGCAGGGGAAAAGUUACUCAUCUACGAAUUUGUUCCAAAUAAAAGCCUUGACUACUUCCUAUUUGAUCCAGAAAAGCAACAAUUGUUGGACUGGUCAAAACGUUACAAGAUCAUUACAGGAAUAGCAAGAGGACUUCUUUAUCUUCAUGAAGAUUCACGUCUUAGAAUUGUUCAUCGUGACCUUAAAGCUGGCAAUAUAUUACUAGAUGAAAGGAUGAAUCCAAAGAUAGCAGAUUUUGGCAUGGCAAAAAUUUGUGGAGUCGAUGAAUUUGAAGGAAACACAAAUAGAAUCGCCGGGACGAUUGGUUACAUGGCUCCUGAAUACACUACGACCGGGCAGUUCUCGGUCAAGUCAGAUGUUUUUAGUUUUGGGGUCGUAAUUUUGGAAAUUAUUGCUGGCAAGAAGAACAGCAGCUUCUACCUAUCAGAGGAUUCUCGAGACCUUUUGAGCUAUGCUUGGGAACAAUGGAGACAUGGCACGCCAUUGGCCAUGUUGGAUCCAACAAUUGUAGACUCUUGUGUCGAAAUUGAGGUCCUAAAAUGCAUCCAAAUUGGAUUGCUAUGCGUUGAAGAAGGUGCUGAUAGAAGACCUAUGAUGUCUUCCGUGGUUUACAUGCUCAGUGGCGACUCUGUUACCCUUCCUGAUCCGCAUCUUCCACUAAUUUCCCGGCGUGAAAGAACAGAGAGCAUUCCUGAAGAGCUAGAAUCAGAUCGAUCUGAUACCAAGUUUUUGUUUGGCUCCAUGACUGAUUCAUCAUCAUCUGCAGUUUAG